ACCUUUCACUUUUCCUCACUCAUCUACCACUCACUCAUCAACAACACUUCCAUUUCAAACCAAAUUCCAUUUCUCAUGGCUCUCAUUGGCUUUCUCCUGCUCACAAUGUUCACCUCUGCUUAUGCCUAUGGUGGAGGUUGGACUGAUGCACAUGCUACUUUCUAUGGUGGGGGUGAUGCCUCAGGAACAAUGGGUGGGGCUUGUGGAUAUGGGAACCUCUACAGCCAAGGGUAUGGAACAAACACUGCUGCUCUGAGCACUGCUAUGUUCAACAAUGGUUUGAGCUGUGGCUCUUGCUAUGAAGUUAGGUGUGUGAAUGACCACAGGUGGUGCCUUCCUGGCUCCAUUGUGGUCACUGCCACCAACUUCUGUCCACCAAACAAUGCUCUGCCCAACAAUGCAGGAGGGUGGUGCAACCCUCCCCUCCACCACUUUGACCUUGCUCAGCCUGUUUUCCUACGCAUUGCCCAAUACAAAGCUGGAAUUGUGCCUGUGUCAUACAGAAGGGUUGCCUGCAGGAGAAGGGGUGGGAUCAGGUUCACAAUCAAUGGUCAUUCCUACUUCAACCUGGUUCUGAUUACUAAUGUGGGUGGUGCUGGGGAUGUUCAUAGUGCGGCUAUCAAAGGGUCAAGAACUGGGUGGAGUCCAAUGUCAAGGAACUGGGGGCAGAACUGGCAGAGCAACAGCUAUCUGAAUGGACAGAGCUUGUCUUUCAAGGUCACCACUAGUAGUGGACAGACUGUGGUGUCCUACAAUGUUGCUCCAGCUGGGUGGUCCUUUGGCCAAACCUACACUGGUGCUCAAUUCCGCUAGACCAGAUCUAAGAUCUUAGUUACAUGGUUUGCUUAAGUUACAACAUAUAUAGUGUGUCGAAAUUUCUCAAUUCUAGUUAGUUUAGUAUGACUCAAAAGUAUACUAGGGUAUUAUAUAGUAUGCUACUUGGGGGCAGGGAGGGGUCAGAAAAUGUGAAGGGCUUAUUUUAAAAUGGCACUUCAUCAUUUUGACUGUAGGAAAGGGAAGCCCCUAAUUCUUUGGGGCUUCUUGAUUAUUGGGGUAUUUUUUAUAACUUUUGAACCUUCUGCUGCGUAAUGGAAGUUAGCAGAGGGCAUUUUAUAUUUAUCUACUAAGCUGGAAGUGGUGGAAAGUUAUACCACCCGCCAUUAGUAUUGGAAUAUUGAUUUCCUUUUUUUUUUGGUGUCCUACUUAAUGGAAUUGCUUUUCUAGUUGUGAGCAAGCAGUUUUAGCUGAGUAUGUCUUUUGCUUUAUUAGGAGAUUUCGGAAGUGUAAUUUCUCCUGUUUCUCUAUGUAAUGGAAAGUUGCAGAAUUUUACUAGUA